AUGCCAAAGUGUUCGGUGAUUUCCUGCCCAAAUAACAGCAGACACGUGCGAAAAAAGGAUGGUGUUUCAUAUUUUAGAAGUUACGAUAGUUCAGAUCAAGACAACACUCACGUAAACUUAGAUCACGACAACAAUCAGCAAACAAUUAAACAAAAUGAAGAUAGCAUUGAAUUGUCUUUUGAUAUUGAUAAUGAAUUUGGGAACGAUGAAGAAAUAUGCCAACAAACUAACGUUGUAUGCUUGCAGAAUGUGCAAUGGAACCUUAAACGUGUGAUAGAGUUAGUAACAGAAAAGGCAAGCCAAAUGGGACCAAAUGAAUGGAAAGCUCUAUGUGAUAAAACAAAAAAAAUUGAAGACUUUUACAUAGAAAGUGAUCACAUAAUAGACAAUUUGACGGAUACGGAGAUAAUUAUCAGACUAGGAGAAGAUUCGUCAGACAGCGACUCAGGGGACACAGGUAGUUCCUCAUCGUCAUCUGACGAAAAUGAUAAUCUGUUAACUCCUGGAACAAGUAGUGUAUUUUCUAGAGUUAAUGUACCUGGUUGCAGCCGCGUUACAAACGAUAAUCUUCCCGCUGGUGUAUCAUUUAUUGACAGUGACAGUGACUAG